CGCGUCCCACUCAGUCCCUCUUGUCGAGUACGAUUCAUCGUUGCUCUUACCACCACCUUUCUCUCCUCGUUCACCGGCGUUCUCAGACAGUGGAGCAGACACACAUAAGCUUCAUCACCAGCGUCGCGCGUCUUCACCUGCGCGCUCAGAAAGCAUCACCUCAUUGGCCAGAAUGCGGAGUAGAAUGGGUGCGUUAGCUUGUCUAGAAGGUAGGGGAAGAUUGGGAAUGCGGGGCCGUGGGCGUGGAGAUGGACGCUGAAAGAGUAACUUCAUGAGUAUGAGCGACGGCAAGGACGAAGAGGGUGACAGCGAGAGCAACAGACAGGAUAUAAUUGUUACUCGCCCUCGGGGAGAGGAGAUACGGCUCGCGCCGACCAUUUGUGUUGAGGACAUAGGCUUGAUGGGGGACGUCGAGGAUGAAGGAGCUGAGGAAGGGCAGAGCCCUUCCAAUUCUUCGUGUCUCUUCGUGAGCAACAAAGUACGGCCUGGACCAGACGAUAAUCAGCGUAUCCGGAAACGAUUCUCGCCCUCACCUGCACGGUCUGUGCCGUUAUUUUUAUCCGGGACGACGCUCGUUGUUGGGCCUUCUGCGUCGGCAAGCAGUUCGUCCCUUCCCGCCAUGUCGACCUCGGCGCCAGCUGCAUCCUACCUUGUAGGCAAUGUUGUCGGAGCUUCACCUGCCUCCACAGCCAUGUCUCGCAGACGCAAACGAUGGAGCACGCUUGAAUCAUGGUUUCCUCUGCGUAGUUUCAUCGAUCUGAAGGCCGAUCCGGACGAGCGCAUGUCUUCGUGGAAGUGGAGAAGUUUUAUCGAGAUUGGCGUUGCCUGAUUGUAAAUCCCUCUUGCGACGUGGUAUGAUCUUCCCCCCAUGAUGUUUCUUACUGUUCGUAUUCUAUCUAGCUAUCCUAUUCACUUUGCUUACCGGAUACACGGGAUGUAUCCAAAUUACCCUCAUCCAUUCCGUUGACUUUUGAUUUCCUUAGACGCUUCUAAUUGUGGUAUCUUACGCAUUAUUCUGCCGAACAUCUAGUUUCAGGCUCCAAAAUUACAUGCUAAUCUCUCUUUUUCUUUCGCCGUUCACCACUCUUACAUGUGAUCUCUUGCAAUCUCUAAAAUGUCCAGUUCUAUUUUCCUUACGAUACACUCAAUCAUGACCACAGACACCCGAGCAGUAUAGAUCGAAG